CUGGACAAGGAUAUUGUUUUGUUAAUCUGAUUAUUAUUAGCCUUUUGCAAAUCAGAUAUGUGUGCAAAUUUUGUUUGUGCUGGUUGACUUGGGUUGAAUGACGUUGACUUUAAAUAUUUGCCCUUUUUUUAUUAAUUUGUUUAUUUCAAAUUUUGUACUUUAUUUAUUCAUUUUUCCGUUGCUGUUUAGUUUCUAUCGUGUUUGGGUAAUUUUGUUAGGCAACGAUGGUGAUCUUCAUUUCAGAUGUUUUUGUAUACAUUGUGGGAUUUGAAACAUCUUAGUAGUAUCGUAAAAAAUUAAGUCGAUCAGAUUGGUUAUGGAGGAGUUUUUUAUGUUAGCGUAAGUUUCGAAGAACGGGAAGUAUGUGAUGACUAUUGAAAAAUCACAUUUUUUUUUUUUUUAAUUUGCACAUAUUGUGGAGUUAUGGUAAAAUUAAGUUGAUUGAGAGACAAUUCUUUUUGUUAGCAUAAUUUUUUGAGAAUGGGAAUUGUGUUAUGAUUUUUGAAAAAUGUAUUUAGUUUGAACAAUAAACUAAGUUUAUGACAAUUUCAUGGCUUUUAUUAUUGUAACAUACAUUUUUAGAGUCACAGAAAUAGCGGAUUUUUGUUUUUUGGUUAAUGCAAAUAGUGGAUAGUGUUAGCAGAUCAUUUUUAUUCAUCGAGCCCAAGAUAUGCAGUAGGGUUGUCACUCAGCACAUCAGGACCUAAUGUUGCAUGCCUGAAAUCCUCAUCAAUAAGCUUAAUAAUGACUGUGAAAUAAAGUCUGUGACCAGGCGCUGUUGGUUGCUUAUGUUAAUUGUUUAUAUGAAUGUAUGUAAUAUUCUACUAUAGCAUGUCACUCAGCACAACAGGACCUAAAGUUGCAUGCUUGAAAUCCUCGUCAAUAAGCUUAAAGUGUGAAAUGAAGUUUGUGAUCAGAUACUGUUGAUUGCUUAUAUUAAUUAUUUAUAUGGUAUAUGUAAUAUUCUAUUAUAGCUUGUCACUCAGCACGUCAGGACCUAAUGUUGCAAGUGUGAAAUAAGGUUUGUGAUCAGGCAUAGUCGAUUGCUUAUAUUAAUUGUUGUAUAUAUGUAAUAUUCUACUCUGCAAGCUGGUAUUCGAUGAAUCAUUUUGGUGGUAUUUCAAGUGUAAUCGUUUAACUGUGCAAUUUUUAUGGUUGGAGAUAUCUGGUCGUGUUUUUGUAGCUUAAAUUAGAGUCAAGUUCCUUAAUAGAUCUUGGGAACAUCAAGCACAGUUGGAGCUUCAUGGACCAACUGUAAUUUGUUUGUUCAGAGUGCACCAUGUGUGUCAUACAUGCUUCGCAAACGAGCUCUUUACAAUGACAUGUCUAGAUACGUAUGCUGUGCUGGUUAUAUGCCCUGUAGCGGCAGGUGUGGAGAAAGUCGAUGCCCUGAAUUUUGCCUGGCCACUGAGGUUGUCCUCUGCUUUGGCAAUUCAGUGGCCUCAACCCGCUUUUUGUUACAAGAUGAAUUUAACAUACAAACUACGCAAUGUGACAACUGCAUUAUUGGUUUCAUGUUCUGCCUACAACAGAUUGCUUGCAUUUUUUCCAUAGUUGCUAUGAUUGUUGGAAGUGAAGAAAUUCAAGAGGCUUCUCAACUAUUGUCUUGUUUGGCCGACAUGGUGUAUUGCACGGUUUGCGCUUGUAUGCAGACGCAGCACAAGAUUGAAAUGGACAAAAGGGACGGAAAGUUCGGGCCUCAGCCAGUGAUGGCAGUGCCCCCCAUGCAGCAAAUGUCUCGCAUAGAUCAAGCAAUUCCUCCAACUGUUGGAUAUCCACCUCAACCAGCAUAUGGACAACCCUACAGUUAUCCACCUGCUCCGCAGGCUCAAGGUUAUCCAGCUGCUGGUUAUCCUCCAGCUCAGUACCCUCCCCCUGGUUAUCCACCUUCUGGCUAUUCUAGGUGAUUCUUUAACGUGUCUUGGCGGUUGGCCACAUUCAGUAUCUUUAUUACACUGCCUUAUAUAUUGUGUUUGCAAGUAAUUUGCUGGGAAGUUCCAAUUUGUGUUUCAAACCUGUCAAUGUAUGGCUGGCAUUUCUUGGAUUUACUUGCUGGAGGGGUUUAUGAGUAUUGUGAGUGAUAUUGUUUAAAUAUUGUUAUUACUCGUUAAUUUGGUAAAAAAUAUAUAUAUAUCAAUAAUAUACAUUUUGGUAGGAA